ACGAAUACAAAAUAAUAUCCGACAGUUGCUAUCUUUAGUUGACAAUAAACCUUCCGAAUACUUUUUGCUGCUAAACAAUAACAAUGGAGAUGAUGUUUGAAAAAAAAUGAUGAGACAAUAUAAGUCAAUGUCUUACUUUAUUUUUUUGUGUUGUUUAAAAUCUAUCUAAACACUAACAAUGCUGUGGAUUCAUAUUUGUAAUAUACUAAUUGUAGUGAAUUUUAAGUAUGGAAAUGGACAAAGAUUUGUCGGUCAAUCCUGCAAGAUCUUUUAUGACAUUUCUCCUAUAAGUGUUAUCUGUGAUGUGACCAGUGGAGAUACAUGGCGCCUGGACAGUUUUCGUGAACUUAUGAACGGUACAAAGAAGUCUUACUUAGGAGACAACCAAUUUACAUUGGAAAUAGAAUGUCAUGGUGGUGGAAAUAUAAGUAUAAGGCAACCAAUAAAGUUACCGGGAAUGACAGCAUUAACCGUAAGGAACUGUUACAUUACCGAUUAUUAUGAUUAUGACUUUUCACAAGAAGUUUCGUCGAUCGAGUCGGUACUGCAAAAUUUGAAAUUUACCAACUGCAAAAUAGAAUACAGAAGCUUAGUUCAUAUGAACCACGUUCAGAACAAUUCUAAAAAGUUACUGACAUAUGAGAAAUGUCAAAUAUCUAAUACUUUACGUACUUUUAUUUUUCAAAAUACUAGUAGUAGUUAUGUGUACCAGAAACAGCGACCUACCAGAAAAGAAUUGAAAUUGAAAUUGGAUUAUGAUAAUGAACUGAGACUGCUUAGGAAAUGUGUUCACAGCAAUCUCACGUAUGUUGAAAUAUCUUCUCUUGAUAGAAUCCCCGCUGAAUUUAGGAUUAACAAUUUAUUACAGAACGGCAUAUUCAACUCCUUAAGUGUUAUUAACUUGACUAAUAAUGGUUUAGAACGGGUACCAAGUAGUUUGUUCACAGACUCUAUGUACCAAACUAUCGAUAGACUUUCGAAAAUCGAUCUUUCCAGGAACAAUAUUGAGGAUAUUAGCUUUCUUUACACAUAUUUUGAUUUCGAUGGUAAUCUUGACGUAGAUUUGACAAAGAAUAAAAUAACGGAACUAUCAAAUCUUGACACGAACAAGUUAAAAUCGUUUUCUGUGUUAAGAAAUAAAGUUAAUUUAAGAGAAAAUCCACUUAUAUGUACAUGUCACCAAAAAUUAUUUUACGAAUUCAUUGCGGAGAUUAAUGACAAGAAGUGGAGGCAAUAUACAUAUCUUAAAUCAAUGCAGUGUUUAGAUCAAGAAAGCGAUAGAAACUUGACAAACAUAUCUGAAUUUUCCUUCGAGGGCAUGUGUAAGAAAACUCAUAGUGUAGUGUGUGUCAAAGAGGGAAUCUUUGAAAUAUACAAAUGUUCUUUCAUAGGAUUUUCGUUAGUUUUACUAACCAUUGUCUUCACGUGUCUAAUUUCUAAGUACAAAUAUAGAAUUAAGCAACUGUAUAGAGUGAAAACUACCGAUCAGUGCCAUUGUCCAGAUAACCCAAAAUGUUACGACGCUUUUAUUUCAUACAGCUCGUCAGAUGAACGAUGGGUGUACGAUGUAUUGUGCACGAAACUGAAAUCGUUGUUACCAGAUAUCAAUCUUUGCCUGCAUCACAAAGAUUUCAUACCAGGUGCAUGCAUAGCAGAGAAUAUCAUCAACAGCGUUGAGAAUAGCAGAUACACACUGCUUAUAUUGUCAUUAAAUUUUAUCGAAAGUGAAUGGUGCCAAAUGGAAUUUCAGAAGGCUUUUCAUCAAACAUUGAAACACCGACGCCACUUACUUGUUUUGCUCAUUGAAGACAUUGACUUUAGUUUGUUAAACUAUGAUCUUAGAUUUUUCCUCCAAACCUAUACAUAUCUAAAAUAUUCCGAGAAAAUGUUCUGGCAAAAACUUGCAGGGACAUUACAGAUGUCAAGAGAUGAAGCUAAGAUAUUAAGUCACUCAACUAAUCAAGUUUUUAAUCAACUUCUUCCACCAGACUAUGAUUCAUGUGUAUAAAAUCAAACAUUUAUUUAUUUAUUUAUGUAUGUGACGAAUUGUUUUAAACUUAUUGGUAUGCUCUCCAUACAACAUGUACUUCGUCAAUGCUUAAAUUCACAUUCAAAUAAACUUAAAAAAUAGAAGCAUUCAAUUCUUUUUUAAACACAAUUGAUUUUAUAUGUUUCAGUUAUCGGCAUUGAAAAUCAGCGCGGGAAAACAUUAAAUCCAAAUAUGAUCUAGUUGUCAUGGAGUCAUUUUAAACCUCAUUUUAUAUUUUGGUGAAAAUUUAGUUUAAGCAAAAAGGCAUUAGUUUAAGAUAGUUUAUUUAUUUAAAGUCCAUUUCGAAGCUGCAGCAUUAAUUAAAAGUAUUUUUGUUUCAUAUCCGUUCACUAUUGUUGAAGGAAAUCAUUUUUUCUCGAAAUAUUUAAGAUAAGAAUUUAAAAUCUUUCAGAUAUUUAUUUUGGCAUUUUUCACUUUAGAUUUUCUUGUUAGGCUUUUUUUUUUUUUUUUUUUAUCAAUUUAAGAUGUUUGGCGACAAGCCAAGUGGACUCAAUAAGCCAUGUUUUUUUUACUAAUUCUAUUGUGCGGUAAACACAAACAAGUUGUUGUGAAAACAACAUAUGUCUAGGUAACCUGGUCAAUUAGGGUUCUUUUUUUUUUUGUUCUGUCCAGCAAAAACCUUUCCACGCCCCUUUUUACCCCAAAAUAUCAGGGUAACUAAGAUAGCUUGAUUUUUUAACGAAUCUGAUUGGACGAACCUGAAACAGUAACGCAAAAUCGAACAAGUGAAUUUUCUCCCAACAUGUGCAAGUUUCCCAUUUAAACACAAUUGAUUAUGUCAGCGCAAUGCAUAAAAUCACUUAGCACAAAGUGUUGGAAAUAGUAAAUCAUUUUUGCAUGAAUUUAAAAAAGAAUUGUUGAUAAUUAUAUAGCUGAAGCCUUGUCAUUUUUUGAAAAUACUUGUAAUUUAUAUCAAUAUAAAUAUAUAUAUAUAUAUAUAUACAUGAUGGACAUACUUUGUAAUUUUAUUUGAAUCGACCAUUGAACCGUUUAUACCAGUCAUAUGUAACUAAAUAUAGAAUCAAUUCACAUUCACUUAAUGUAGAAACUGGAAGAUACUUUAAUAAUUCCAAAAAUGAGCGUGUUUGUAAUAUGUGUAAUAAGAAAGUAAUCGAAUACGAAUAUCAUUUUGUAUUAGAGUGUGAUAAAUAUGUAAAUGUUAGAAGUAAAUAUAUUAAGAUAUAUUAUUAUAGAAACCCAUCUCCCUUCAAAUUAGUUUAAUUACUAUCUGUAAGAAAUAUCAAAGAAAUAAAUAAUCUGGGUAAAUACCUGUAUGAGUCAGAGAAAAUUCAAAACACUUGAAUUUUGUUAUGUACUUUUAUAACCAAUGUAAAUUGUAUGCCAAACUCUGCUAUAUAUUAAUGGUGUAUAUUUUUAUGUAAACUGUAUUAUUUCCAUUUAUUUGUGAAUGUAUUUAUUAGCCUAUUAGCUGUAUAUUUGCUUACGGAAUAAAGAAUUAUAAUUAUUAGGUCUUUCCACCUUUCCGUGUGGAAAGACCUAUUGAAUUUGUUCUGA